AGAGUUUGUUCAGCAACACCCCACCUGCAUCCUGUAUCUACCCCCGCGACCUCGUCGGCGACGCCACGAUGCCGGAGGACGUCGAGAUGAACGACUCCCAGGCCCCGCCCGCCGCCGCCCCCGCCGUUAGCGACGCCCCGGCGCCCGCGCAGUCCACUCUCCACCAUCUGAAGGAGAUCGCGUCGGUGAUUGAGGCCGGGUCGCUGAGCAAGGAGGUCCGCCGGAUCUCACGCGCCGUCCGCCUGACCAUCGCCCUACGCCGCCGCCUCGCCGCCCGCGACGUUGCUGCCUUCCUGGCCUUCGCGCUGCCUCCUUCCUCGGAGGCCUUCGCCCGCCUCUCCGCCCUCGUGCCCAAGGAAGAUGGGAGUGAAAUGGAUGUUGAUACGGCAGCUCCAGCAGCUCAAGUUUCAAUCAAGCAUGGUCUUCCUGAGAUUGAAAUUUAUUGUUACUUGCUUGUGCUUAUUUUCCUUUUUGAUAAUAAGAAAUAUGACGAGGUAUGUCUGGGAUUUUCAUCCACUUUGUUAUUUGUUGGGAAACAUACUAAUUUGAAUUUUGUCUAUCAGGCUAAAACAUGUGCCGCCGCAAGCAUUGCUCGUCUGAAGAGUCUUAACAGGAGAACAGUUGAUGUUUUAGCUUCUAGGCUGUACUCCUAUUACUCAUAUGUCCAUGAGCUUACCAACACCCUUGCUGAGAUUCGUGGGACUCUCCUGGCAUUGCACAGAAUGGCAACUUUACACCAUGAUGAGCUUGGUCAGGAAACUCUUCUCAAUCUGCUUCUUCGCAAUUACCUGCACUACAACUUGUAUGACCAGGCAGAAAAGCUAAGGUCAAAGGCGCCUCGUUUUGAAGCACAUUCCAAUCAACAGUUCUGCCGGUAUCUCUUUUACUUGGGCAAAAUAAGGACAAUUCAGUUGGAGUACACUGAUGCUAAGGAAAGCCUCUUGCAAGCUGCUAGAAAGGCACCCACUACAGCUCGAGGAUUUCGGAUCCAGUGCAACAAAUGGGGCAUUAUUGUAAGGCUGCUCUUAGGAGAGAUUCCAGAGAGAACUGUUUUCAUGCAGAAAGGAAUGAAAGCUGCUUUGACACCCUAUUUUGAGCUUACAAAUGCUGUCCGAGUUGGUGACCUAGAGCUAUUCAGAUCUGUGGCAGAUAAAUUUUCAAGCACUUUCAGUGCAGAUAGGACCCGGAAUUUGAUAGUGAGGCUGCGCCACAAUGUUAUCCGGACUGGAUUGCGUAACAUCAGCAUCUCAUACUCAAGGAUUUCCCUUGCUGAUAUUGCCAAGAAGCUGAGGUUGAACUCUGAGAACCCUGUCGCUGAUGCUGAAAGCAUUGUAGCCAAGGCCAUCAGGGAUGGGGCAAUUGAUGCCACCAUUGAUCAUGCCAACAGCUGUAUGGUGUCGAAGGAGACUGGUGAUGUCUACUCAACUAAUGAGCCACAGAUAGCUUUCAACUCAAGGAUCGCUUUUUGCCUGAACAUGCAUAACGAGGCAGUCAAGGCGCUAAGAUUCCCUCCGAACUCUCACAAGGAAAAGGAGAGUGCUGAGAAGAGGCGUGAGAGGCUCCAGCAGGAGGAAGAACUGGCAAAACAUAUGGCCGAGGAAGAUGAUGAUGAUUUCUAGACUGGUGCAAAUCGUUUCAGUUGCCACUUGGUUUCAUUUUAAGAGCAAACGACUAAUUUAGUUGAUUAAAGCUGCACACGAACUCUGCCCCCCCGGUUGUAUUUGGAAUGGUGUUUCGAAUUUAGAGUUCUUUAUUGUAACAUUUUAUAUAAUUACAUGACUUCGAAAAAACAACAUUUAUUUUUUAUCCUGAAAUGGUACCUAAGCAUCCAACA